AAGAAUAAUUGGAAUAUUAGCUAGGGAUUCUUCCAACCCUGAUGAUUCUGAAAAACACAAUGGACUUUCAUGUUUUAAUUAGGAUAUAAAAUAAAAUUUCAUUAAAAGCAUUGAAAAUAUAAUUAUAAAUUCAUGUUAAGAAAAUUGCUAAUUAGUAACAGAUGCCAUAAGACGAUAUUAGGAAUUCUUCCAACCUUGAUGAUUCUGAAAAACACAUUGGACUUUCAUGUUCACAUCCUUCACAUCGUGCUCAUGCAUGUUUUAAUUAAGAUUUUUUACAUUGCAUGUAAAUAUAUCAAAUAGAAUUGCAUUAAAAGCAUUGAAAAUAUAAUUAUUAAUUCACAAGAAGAAUAUUCUCUAGGUUAAUUAAUUGAGCCCAUUUAAUGAGGUUUUGAGGUUGGACUUGUUUUAAGAAAUUGAUGGCAGUUUUGUAAUUUAUAAGAAGAAAAAAGCCUCUUUGUUAUGUUGUAAAUGAGUUUUGGGUGUGUUUCUAAAGUCCAUUUCAUAUAUGGUAUUUUUAUAAUUUAGGCCAUUUCAUAUAUGGUAUUCUUAAUACGGGAGAUUAUAAUCUUCUGAGAAGAAUUGUCGGCAAUGAUUGUGAUGGGCUCCGUUGCCUACUACUUGAACACGCUUUUAUCUUUCAAGACUUUUGCAGGCUCUACUUGAAGAACACGCUUAUAUUCAUAAUUUCAUUAAUUAAUUGUGGGUGCUUUGCCCCUUCUACUUUUCCUCUAUUAUCUUUAGUAAACUAAUAAGUUCUGAUCAAGUUGGAAGAAGGAAGGACCAUAUUUCCAUCAUUUCAUCAUCUGCUCUAGUCGAAUCGAAACUACGGACCCAGCCAGAACACACAGUUGCAUCAUAGUCCUAAGCUCCAGCCAGUAAUGGAAGAAGACGACGGCAGCAGCAAAUAUCCUGGAAAUGAAAUCAUCAAUCCCAAUGGUGCUGAUGCUGUUGGGAUCUUCCCCUCUCGCACCUCUGAUGUCCACUGGAGCAACACCGCGGAAGGCCAAGGUUCCAGUGGAGGAACGAAACUGGAAGGUGACGGUCACAACUUGGGCAACAUCAAAUACAACAUUAGUGGUAAUACAAUUAGCGCACUCAAUGGAGAGUUAGAUGUUGGGAUGUUCAGCUUUCACAACAUAGGUUUCUACGGGAGCAAUGCCGGCCACGGUCAAGGUGGACGUGAAGGAAAUAAGGGCUUCCUCAAACGCAAAGCAGGUGGCUCGAGCUCCGCCCAAGGCCAAGGUGGCGGUGGAGGAACCAAACCCAAAGGUGAUGGUUACAACAUUCGUGGCAAUAACAUUAAAGGAGAUGGAGAUAGGAAAGCGUAUCACAACUUCAGCAACAUCGAAUACAACUUGAAGACAACUAAUACAGAAGAUGACGGCAGCACCAGCCAAGCCAAUAUUCGCAAAAAUACAAUUACAGCACGCAAUGGAGCCUCAUAUGUUGGGAUGAUCAACUUUCACAACAUAGGUUUCUACUGGAGCAAUGCAGGCCAACGCCAAGGUGGCCGUCAAGGAAACAAGGGCUUCCCCAAACCCAAAGGUUUCAGUCACAACAUUUGUAAUAAUAAAAUUAGCGCAUAUAAAUCUACAAAAGUUGGGUUACAAAACUUUGGCAACAUCAGAUACAACUGCUAAUGUAUGGUUGGUUGGGUUUUGUAGGCUUUUGGUAUUUAAUUAUUCCAGAAUUUCUUUGGCCCUUUGUGGUUAAGAACUUAUGAGUGGAGGUAUAUCGUAAGAGUUUGAUGUUACUUGUCCAAUUCUCCAUAUUAAUUUGUAUUAACAUUUUAUGAUUAUGGUUAGUAGUACGGUAGACAUGA